AUGUUAUUGUCUUGUGGAGAAGAGUUGCGUAAUGCUCCAGACGAUCGCAACGUAUUUGCUAUAUACGUCUCGUACUACGUCAAAGUCAAACUCCUAGUCAAUAGAAUGGGCGGCGACCUUAGCCUAAAAUUGCCUUUUACAUUAAUGCAUACCUGCUGCGACCUAGAACAAACCCAAAUCGAGAUGCUAGCUUCCGAGAAACCACCGGAGGGAACCACACCGGAAAGAAUUAAUCCAGACUUAAAACCGGCUAGUGAUGACCAGGGUGAUGAAGAACCUGGAGGAAGUCGUGCUGCUGCAGCAGAUAUUAAUGCUGUUCCGUAUUGUAAGGAAGAUGUUGUAGUAGAAAUUAAUAAACUAUCACCUUUAACAACAUCAUCAUCACAACAAUUGCACGACGACGUCAAAACAACUAAACAAUCAAAGAAAGUAGGGACCAAAUCCAUUAAGGAAGAAAAUUUAGACGAAAUAAUGACCGUUAAACAAGAAGAAGAACCCACCGAAGAAUCUAAAGAAAUUGAAAAAAUUGCGAAAGAAAGCCAAACUGAAAAAGAAGAUUCGGAAAUCCAUAAAGGUUUUAGUUUUCAUAGGGCUUGGUGUUGUUUGAAUAGGCGCACUUCAUAA